AUGGGAAAGACUCCGCUUGGUCCUAAAGCGAUACGUGUUCUCAGGGCAUUUGACACGCUCGCCGCUGAAAAGCCGCGAAGAGAAAGGCUGUCACACAGCGGUCUGGACGCUGUUGUGUCAAACUCGUGCCCGGACGGUCGAGGCACUGUGUCCUCCCUCGGCCACCGUCGGCAGCGCGGUGGGCGGUAUUUUGUCCGCCGGGCGCCGCCGUACGGGAUAUCAGUCACCGAGCUCCAGGCCGCCGGAGCGUGGGGCUUGCGGGAGUCGGCUGGCGUUGCCGGCACCAUGGAGUCGCCUCUCAGCCCGGGCCUCUCUCACCGAGCCGAGGAGGAUUGGGAUUCUGCACUGUUUGCUGAACUUGGCUAUUUCACAGACACCGAUGACCUGCAUCUGGAUGCAGCAAAGGAAACUUACGAAAACAAUUUUGAUAAUCUUGAUUUUGACUUGGAUUUGAUGCCUUGGGAAACAGGCGUUUGGGACAUCAACAACCAGCUCUGCACAGUUAAAAAUGUUAAGGCAGAACCUCAGCCGCCUUCUCCGGCCCUGUCAAGUUGUUCGGUCUCCUCUCCCCAGUCAGUGGACUCUCACUCUUCAACUCAGCAUGUUCCUGAGGAGUUGGAUUUGUCUUCUCCUUCCCAGAUGUCUCCCCUUUCCCUUUAUGGUGAAAGCUCUCAUAGUCCCUCCUCAGCAGAGCCCCUGAAAGAAGAUAAGCCCAUUGUUGGUCCUAGGAGCAAAACUGAAAAUGGACUGACUCCAAAGAAAAAAAUUCAGAUGAAUUCAAAACCUUCAAUUCAGCCCAAGCCAUUAUUACUUCCAGCAGCACCUAAGACUCAGACGAACUCUGGCGUUCCAGCGAAAACCAUCAUUAUUCAGACAUUACCCACGCUUGUGCCGUUGGCAAAGCAGCAGCCAAUUAUCAGCAUACAUCCUGCGCCCUCUAAAGGUCCGACCGUCGUGCUUUCUCAGCCUGCGGUCGUACAACUUCAGGCUCCUGGAGUCCUGCCCUCUUCUGCCCCAGUCCUUGCUGUCGCCGGGGGAGCCACACAACUACCUAAUCACAUGGUGAAUGUGGUGCCGGCCCCUGUGGCAAACAGCCCAGUGAAUGGAAAACUUGCAGUGACUAAACCUGUCCUACAAAGUACCAUGAGAAGCGUGGGCUCGGAUAUUGCCGUGCUAAGGAGACAGCAACGUAUGAUAAAAAAUCGAGAGUCUGCUUGUCAGUCCCGCAAGAAGAAGAAGGAAUACAUGCUGGGCUUAGAGGCCAGGUUAAAGGCUGCGCUUUCAGAGAACGAGAAGCUAAAGAAAGAGAACGGAUCCCUGAAGCGACAGCUGGAUGAAGUCGUGUCAGAGAACCAGAGGCUUAAAGUUCCUAAUCCGAAGCGAAGAGCGAUCUGUGUGAUGGUAGUAUUGGCAUUUAUAGUGUUCAACUAUGGACCCAUGAGCAUGUUGGAACAGGAUUCCAGGAGAAAAAAUCCUAGUGUGAACCCUGCAAGUCAAAGGAGGCAUCUUCUAGAAUUUUCUGCUAAAGAGGUGGAAGACACAUCAGAUGGUAUCAUCCAGAAAAGUAACUACAGAUAUGAUCAUUCUGUUUCAAAUGACAAGGCCCUCAUGGUCCUAAGUGAAGAACCACUGCUCUAUAUCCCUCCGCCUCCUUGUCAGCCCCUGAUUAACACCACAGAAUCUCUCAGGUUAAAUCAUGAACUUCGAGGAUGGGUUCACAGACAUGAAGUGGAAAGGACCAAGUCAAGAAGAAUGACGAAUAAUCAACAGAAAACUCGUAUUCUUCAGGGUGCUCUGGAGCAGGGCUCGAAUUCUCAGCUCAUGGCUGUCCAAUACACAGAAACCACUAGUAUCAGCAGGAACUCGGGGAGUGAGCUCCAAGUAUAUUACGCGUCACCUAGAAGUUACCAAGACUUCUUUGAGGCCAUCCGCAGGAGGGGAGACACGUUCUAUGUGGUGUCAUUUCGAAGGGAUCACCUGCUGUUACCCGCCACCACCCACAACAAGACCACAAGACCAAAAAUGUCAAUAGUGUUACCAGCAAUAAACAUAAAUGAGAACGUCAUCAAUGGGCAGGACUACGAAGUGAUGAUGCAAAUUGACUGUCAGGUGAUGGAUACCCGGAUCCUCCACAUCAAGAGCUCGUCGGUUCCCCCUUAUCUCCGAGAUCAGCAGAGGAAUCAAACCAACACGUUCUUUGGCUCCCCCCCAACAGCCCCAGAGGCAGCCCACGUUGUCAGCACCAUCCCGGAGUCACUACAGUAGUCUCUGAGGCUGCGCCCGAAAACACGGUGGGACCCUGCCGAGCUGGCGAGCAGGGGAGAGACCUGUUCCUGUCUGCCCUCUUGGUGGCUGGCAGAGAGCUGCCUGGCACUGGAGUUCAAGCGACAGUGACAGAAGUUGUUUCUCACCAUCUGCCCUUCUACUGGCAAGCACUGACAUUCAGACGCG